AUGGGCUGGUUCAGCUCCGAAAAGGACGCCGGCGGCCCGGAAGCCAACAGCGAGCCCCUCCCCGACUUCAACCACGCCGCCACCACCGCCGACAUCCAGGACGGCUACGUCGUCUCCAACGCGGACCAGCUGCAGCGCCACCUCGCCAACCGCCAGAUCCAGCUCAUCGCCAUCGGCGGCAGCAUCGGCACCGCGCUGUUCGUCUCCAUCGGCACGGGUCUGUUCAAUGGCGGCGCCGGCAACCUGCUCAUCGCCUACACCAUCCAGAGCCUCAUGCUCGCCCUCGUCAACAACUCCAUCGCCGAGAUGAGCACCGCAUAUCCCGUUUCUGGAGGUUUCAUCCGUCUGGCCGGGAAAUGGGUGGACGAGGCGUUGGGGUUUAUGGUUGGGUGGAAUUUUUUUUUCUACGAAGCCCUCCUCAUCCCCUUUGAGAUUGCGGCGUUUGGUCUUGUAGCCUCGUACUGGAGUCCCACCGUCGCCGAGCCCGGUCCGCUCGCGGGCAUCAUCAUCGGGGUGAUUAUUUGUUAUGCGAUCAUCAACAUCCUCGCCGUUGGCGCCUACGGAGAAGCCGAAUUCUGGCUGUCAGGCGGAAAAGUCAUCCUGAUCUUCUCCCUCUUCUUCUUCACCUUCAUCACCAUGGUGGGAGGUAACCCCCAGAAUGAUGCGUACGGCUUCCGCAACUUCGACCACGGCCAGGCCUUUCAGGAAUACCUCUCCACCGGCGCACUGGGACGGUUCGAAGGUUUCCUCGCAGCACUGCAUUCGGCUCUCUUUACGGUUGUCGGACCGGAGUAUAUCUCCAUCGUUGCAGCUGAGGCGGUCCGACCACGCACGUACAUUAAGGGUGCUUUCAAGAUGGUCUAUGCCAGAUUCAUGAUCUUCUUCAUCGUCGGGGCUUUGGCCGUGGGAAUCGUCUGCCCUUCGAAAGACCCGUUGCUCGAGGACGUCGUCGUUGGAGGUGAGGGCAACGGCUCUGCUGCCGCCUCGCCAUAUGUCAUUGCCAUGUCGAAUCUAGGAAUCAGCGUCUUCCCGGACAUUGUCAAUGCCCUGAUGUUGACGUCUAUCUUCUCCGCGGGCAACACCUACACCUACUGCGCUAUCCGAAACUUGUACUCCCUCGCCCUCGAAGGCCGUGCUCCACGUAUCUUCACCAAGUGCACCCGCAACGGUAUUCCCAUCUACUGCUUCUUGGUCGUUAUGAUCUUCCCAUGCUUGGCCUUCCUGCAGUGCGGCAGCGGAUCGCAGGUCGUCAUCAAUUGGUUCUCCAGCUUGGUUACUGGAGGCGGUCUGAUCAACUACGUCACCAUGUGCAUCACCUACAUCUUCUUCUACCGCGCCUGCAAAGCCCAAGGUCUCGACCGCAACACUCUGCCCUACACCGGCUGGUUCCAGCCCUACGGCGCCUGGAUCGCUGGUAUCUGGAUGUUCGUCGUCUGCUGCAUGUACGGCUAUACAUGCUAUACCCCCUGGGACGUCUCCAACUUCUUCUCCCAAUACACGAUGCAGCUAUUCAUCCCACCGCUGUACUUCAUCUGGAAGAUUGUCAAGAAGACGAGGAUUGUGCGGCCGCAUGAAGCCGACCUCGUCUGGGAACGCCCCAUCAUCGACGCCUACGAGGCGACCUUCCUGGGCCCUCCUGUCGGUUUCUGGACGGAAAUGGCGCAGCUGGUGGGCUGGAAGAGGCGCAAGGGCGGGAACGAGCAGCGCAGGCAGAGUGUUGCGAUGAAUGGCACGGGGGGCAACGAGAGUCCUAACUAUUUCGAUGAGGAGAAAUAG